CAACAAAGCUCAAGUCUUUCUUUGCAAUCGCACGCAAACAACAUCAUCAAAACCAGCUAAGUUCACCACCCACUCUCAAAUCAAUCAAUCAUCAUGUCUCCGACAUCAAACAAAGAAGAUACUGACUUUCUGGCGACAGUGGGCGUUCCAACUGCUGCUGCUCCUCCGCCAGGUGGCGAAACGAAUAGCGAAACGAAUAGCGAUCAUGUACAUAGCGACAGCAGUAGCAACAGGGGUGUGAAGAGGAAGAGGCAGGAGGAGGAGGAGGAGGAGGAGGCGGAGAGUCUGGAGGACUUCCUGAGCAAGGUGUGUGAGAGAGUGUGGCGGAAGGUGCGUAAGGAGGAGCAGCAGCGGAGGCAGCAGGAGGAGCUGGACAGGGAGAUUGAGGAGCAGGAGAGGUAUGUGGAGCAGCUGGAGAGGGAGUACGAGGAGGAGUAUUUGGAGGAUGAGUAUGCGGAGUGGCAGGAGUGGCGGGAGCGGGUGAGGAAGGCGGCGGAGGAUGAGAAGGCUGGGAAGAAGAAGAGGAGGGAGGUGAAGAAGCGGAGGGUGGGGUGUUGUAAGCAUGUUGCUCGCUCGCUCGCUCGGCGCCUGGACGUCUUCGUGGGAGCUUCCGAUGCUGGCCUGGCGAUGGCGGAGCGUCUCUGCAUUUUGUUGGAGGAAGGGCGGCCGGAUCAAGGACGGGCGCGUCGGGCGGCCGCAGAUGAAUCAAGUGUCGUGCCUCGGAACGAUGGCAAGGUUAACCAAGAGGAAGCCAAACAAACGCGGGUAUACGGAGACACUGCGGCUCCGGUGCCAUGGCAUAGCGGAGGGUUGCUGUAUGGGGGAUUUUGA